GGGGCGGGAGGAGAAGCAAACUGUCUUAGGCUUGGUACCUUGUAGCUGCAAGUUCGAAAUCUGUCAUCCUCGCUUUAGAGUUUGGCAUCUCCCAUUGUCACCAGUGACUAAUGAUCAUAGAGAGAUAAGAUCGCUCAGCUGGGUUGGGCGGAAUCUCAGAGAAAAGACGUUUAACCACUUCAAUCGUUCGCUUGCCGGAGCCCUCACUCCAGUGUCAGGGUUAAAGAAAGGAGCCACAAGACCGCAGCAGUUCGCUCGCCUUCCGAGCCUCCAAGCCUGAUAAGACAUCUGGGACGCGGGUGGCAAUUGUCAACAAUGGGAAAGGGAGACCUUGGUGGAGAUCCUUAAAACAAUACCAUGCAGCAGGAGCCCAGCUACUACUGUACCAGCUUUUUCUCUUUUCACCUUCCUGACCCGGUGGGAUUUGGAUGAACUCACUCGGAGAUUUCAACUGCAGAAACUCUUGAAGACUGUUUACUAAGGCAUGAAGGGAUUGGGGACUUCCAACAGUGAAUGGAAUAGAUAACAUCAAUCUUUUGAAACCAAGAAUUGAGCUGAAUUGAGAUGCUCACAGGCUGAAUAACGCUGACCUGCACUACAAGAGAAGACAGAAGCCUUGCCAGUCCAUUGUAGUUCCUGUUGGUAGUGAGCAUCACCUAUCACCUGUUAGGGGAAAAAAAAUCCACCUACUGCAUUUUAGUGCACAUGGAGGAAGGAAGUAAAGAAGGCAACUUAAGAAGGAUAAUGAGACUGAGGCUUUCCUAGCUGAUUACCAGAAAACAACAGCAAGAGGAUUGUUUUACUGUUCUCCUUCAGGACUUUACUCUUGCUUGAGUGUUGGACACUAACGGAACCAGUUUUCUGCCUUUUCAGUUUUGCCAUCUGCCUUUAUUAUUUCCCACCUCCCCAGCCACUCUGUAUUUUGUUUCUUUACUUCAGAGAUGGGCCUAAAGACUACAAAGUGGCCUAGCCACGGGGCUUUGCUUCUGAAAUCUUGGGUUAUCAUUUCCCUGGGGCUCUACAUGCAGGUUUCUAAAAACAUGGCGUGCCCUAAUGUGUGCCGCUGUGACCGGAACUUUGUCUACUGUAAUGAGCGAAGCUUGACCUCAGUGCCUCUUGGGAUACCGGAGGGCGUAACCGUACUCUACCUCCACAAUAACCAAAUUAAUAAUGCCGGAUUUCCUGCAGAACUGCACAACGUACAGUCGGUGCACACAGUCUACCUGUAUGGCAACCAACUGGACGAAUUCCCCAUGAACCUACCCAAGAAUGUCAGGGUUCUACACCUGCAGGAAAACAACAUUCAGACCAUUUCUCGGGCAGCUCUUGCUCAGCUUUUGAAGUUGGAAGAGCUACACCUGGAUGACAAUUCCAUCUCUACAGUAGGUGUGGAAGACGGGGCAUUCCGAGAAGCUAUAAGUCUCAAGCUGUUGUUUCUGUCUAAGAACCAUCUUAGCAGUGUGCCUGUUGGCCUCCCUGUGGAUCUACAAGAACUGAGGGUAGAUGAAAAUCGAAUUGCUGUUAUAUCAGACAUGGCCUUUCAGAAUCUUACAAGUUUGGAACGUCUGAUUGUGGAUGGAAAUCUCCUUACCAAUAAGGGCAUUGCUGAGGGGACUUUCAGCCAUCUCUCAAAGCUCAAGGAAUUUUCUAUUGUGAGGAAUUCACUGUCCCACCCUCCACCUGAUCUCCCAGGUACUCAUCUGGUCAAGCUUUACUUACAGGAUAACCAGAUAAACCAUAUCCCUUUGACAGCAUUUUCCAAUCUCCACAAGUUGGAACGACUGGAUAUUUCCAACAAUCAGCUGCGGAUGCUGGCUCAAGGAGUCUUUGAUAAUCUUUCCAACCUGAAGCAGCUCACUGCACGGAAUAAUCCCUGGUUUUGUGACUGCGGUAUUAAAUGGGUCACAGAGUGGCUCAAAUUCAUUCCAUCAUCUCUUAAUGUACGUGGUUUUAUGUGCCAGGGACCAGAACAGGUCAGGGGCAUGGCUGUCAGGGAGCUGAAUAUGAAUCUGUUGUCAUGCCCUACCACUACACCUGGAUUAUCUCUCAUUACCCCACCCUCAAGUAUUGUUCCUCCAACCACACAGAUUCCCACUCAGUCUGCAGCCACCCCUAGCAGAAAUUAUACUCCUCUGACACCCACUGUAUCUAAACUCCUCCCCACUGUGCCUGACUGGGAUGACAGAGAAAAGGUGACCCCUCCCAUUUCCGAACGGAUCCAACUCUCAGUCCAUGCUGUGAAUGAUACUUCCAUUCAUGUCAGUUGGCUUUCUCUUUUUACUGUGAUGGCAUACAAACUUACCUGGGUGAAAAUGGGCCACAGCCUGGUAGGGGGCAUCGUUCAAGAACGGAUAGUCAGUGGUGAAAAACAACAUCUGAGUCUGAUCAAUUUAGAGCCCAAAUCUACCUAUCGGGUUUGCUUAGUGCCACUGGAUGCUUUCAAUUACCGAGCUGGAGAAGACACUAUUUGUUCUGAGGCUACCACUCAUGCCUCCCAUUUAAACAAUGGCAGCAACACAGCUUCCAGCCAUGAGCAGACAACUUCUCACAACAUGGGUUCCCCCUUUCUCCUGGCAGGUUUGAUCGGGGGUGCAGUGAUCUUUGUGCUGGUGGUUUUGCUCAGCAUUUUUUGCUGGCACAUGCACAAAAAGGGGCGCUACACCUCCCAGAAGUGGAAAUAUAAUCGGGGCCGGCGGAAAGACGACUACUGUGAGGCAGGCACCAAGAAGGACAACUCCAUCCUGGAGAUGACAGAAACCAGCUUUCAGAUCGUCUCCUUAAAUAACGAUCAGCUCCUUAAAGGAGAUUUCAGACUGCAGCCCAUUUACACCCCGAAUGGGGGCAUCAAUUACACAGACUGCCACAUUCCCAACAACAUGAGAUACUGCAACAGCAGCGUUCCAGACUUGGAACACUGCCACACGUGAUACCGAGGGGUGGGCAGGGAGACACCAAGCGGACAGUGAAACUCUUGAGAAUACACACACAUACACACACACACACACACACACACAUGUGCGAGCAUAGAGACACACACAAAUUACAUUUGAUAAAUGUUACACAGAUGCAUUUGUGCAUUUGAAUACUCUGUAAUUUAUACGGUGUACUAUAUAAUGGGAUUUAAAAAAAAGUGCUAUCUUUUCUAUUUCAAGUUAAUUGCAAACAGUUUUGUAACUCUUUGCUUUUUAAAUCUUUAAAAAAAAAGUUGCUGAAGUACUGUACAGGGUUGUACAAUGAGAACCCAAUGCCAUGGCAAAGGAAAGAGUGAUUCUUCCGUACAAUGUACAUUAACCAUUUUGCUGUCUAAGCUGUCAAAAGAGAGUUCCUGUUUCAGAGCCACUGGUUAAGGUCCAAGUACAAAUUAGAGUGGAUUUAUUAAGACAGGAUAAUUUAGUUUUUAUUUAAAAAAAAAUCUAACCAAACAAUUCCAUGCUAUUUCUGCACUUCCCAGUUUUUUGUGGGGAGGGGGUUGUGAAAGUAGAAAUGACAAAAUAAGAGAAGGGCAAAUUGUACCAAAAUUUUGGUUGGACCUAGUGCAAGAAAUAACUGCUGAAUCACAAGGAAAGAACUUCAUUUUCGUGAGAUAAUUUGGCCCACUUGGCAAAGCCCAAGAGUAUUAAUUAAAAUUUCAAAAAGCCUGAAAACUUUGGAGGUGGCUGGGUAAAUGGUUUUUUUUUUUAAAAUCAUCAUAGUGUCCCAACCAUAUAUAAUUUGAAAGAGUUAGAGACCAGAGUUACAUUUAAUUCAGAUACAUCAAGGGGCUGAUGAUUCAGAAAGAAAAACAAUUCCCUUUCGAAAAGUGUUUAUGUUGAAAUUACAUAUAUGACUAAACCAAAUUCAACUGAAAAGUUUUCCAAUACAUUGUUUUAAGAGAGAGAGACUAACAAAAUAGGGUAAAGAAAUACUGAAUUAAAUUAUUUUUGAUAAAGAAAUUUAUUUUGGGAAAUUCAAUAAGACUGUGUCUACAUGACUGACCAUCUAGGCAACUGUGAGUGGAGAAAAAAAAUCAUUCAAGCUAGAUUUUUCAUUGUCAUGUAGUUUCUUCUUAAUUGAAAUAGUUAUUUUAUUCAGUCUUUUAUUUUUAAGCCAGUUGUGUUGGUCUCAUGUAGACAAAGCCCAAAUUCAUGCCUUUCCUUCUCUCAAUUUCUUGUCUUCCAUUCAGACUUUUUUUUUUUUUGGAAAAAAAACUCACAAAAUUCUGUCAGUUAUAUUCCAUUUGGUUCUCAUCUUUCCUCAGUUUUUCAGGAAAAGUUAUUUAUGACACUCUGGGAUGCACAAAGACUCACCCAAGUGCACCUAUAGCUUAUGAAACCUGUGUCCGUUAUCACAGCUAAUAGUAUAUCAUAGAUCCUAGAGUUAGAGUUAGGAGGGACCUUAGAGGUCAAUAUUAAGGCCUACACCAGUGCUGGCCCAAAACAUUAUAUAUAUUUAUAUAUUCUUCCCCUCCCCCCCAAAGCAAUUCCCAGGUUCAACAAAUGUAUUGACUUUAUUUCCAUUUUGCUGUUUACAUUUAUUUGAAGGGAAAAUGAGCAAAGUGGAUGUUUUAUAAAUUUUUCUGCCUAAUCUUGUCAGAGCAUGGGAGAGAGCAAAAAGGGGGGUUGGGAAAGGAGUUGUCUAAGUAUGACAAUACUAGGUUUUUGAAGCUCUGUCCCUUCUCUACAGGAUUUCAUGGGAUCCUUGGGAAGCCUAAAUAAUUCUCUUUUUCAUCCCCAAGUAGAAGGGCUGUGGAUGGAGAUGGUAGGCAUUAUCUGAAAGUUUGCAUCCUUUCGAAGUUCUAGUUGAAAAAAUCAAAUUUAGAAAUCUCACUCUAUACUAUGUGUUUCCUAUUUCUCUCGUUAUAACAGGUAUUUUAGGGAGCCAUGUGGCAAGUGUCACAGAGUUGUCUUUGUUUUUGUUUUGUUUUUGUUUUGUUUUUGUUUUUAAAGGAAAAAAUAAGCUGUGAUGUGUCUUUGUAUAACCUUAGGUAUAAAAUGCUAUGCAAGUUUUUUUUUCUUUAUAGUAAAAGCCUUAUUUCCUCAAUACUUUCUCUCCCCAGUAUGUUUUAACUCCUCUGGCCCUUUGGGAUAAACAAAAAAUGUAACCAGCUUUAUAUCAUCAAGACACCAAUGCACCAUUGUGCAUUCAGCCAAUGUGAAAUUGGCUUUGUAUGAAUUCUAGAGUGGCUGAUAUUUAGAGCGUAGUCUUAGCAGCUCAACUCUUGGGUUGCUUACUUAACACUGUCUCUUCACUAAGAAUGAAUGGGGUUAGAUUGAACAAUGAAAGAUCCCAGUCUGGAAAAUUUAAUAAAAACUAGAGGCAUCUCAAUUACCUAAUCACGUCAAAUCUCCAACAUACUUCAUAGACAACAGUAUAUUUUCAGGAAGAAUGGUUUGGCUUCUUAUUAAAUACAGAUUCACAAUACUACUCAUCUAUCCUUAUGCGAUUGCAUUCCCAAAGGGCCUCUGACCAUCAAGACUCAAAGCUCUAAAUGGGUGGGUUUCCCGUUUUUAAAAAUUUUCCUGUUACCUAUACAGUAUGUGGGAUUAUUUGACCCUAGCAGGGGCAGCAGAGUUCUUGGCUUAGAGAAUGAGUUACAUUUGCCUGAAUGAAUCCCAAGCUUAUUAUGUUAGACAGAUAAUUUGUAAGUUUCAUUUACCAUUAACCUUGCUCAUUUUGAUUUUCUCUAUGAUAUAGCAAAUGCUCUGUUAAAAGCAGGACCCUUUUCAAAUAUGAUAUUUGGGAAUCUCACCAAACACCAGAAGCACACAGGCUAUCAUGUAAUAGUGUUCUGUUCUGUAACAGACCCACGUUGCUGCUGCCUCACCAUAGGACUUGUGUUUGAAAUUAUUUUUCAGGUGAUGGCCACAUUUGAACAAACCUGUCUCCAUCUAACUUGGUUCCUCCUCUGGUUGAUAUACACUGGGAGAUAGGUUGCCAGGAUUAUGUGUGAAGCCUGAGAUCAUAAAGGAGAAGGAUGUUCACUGGUUCAUACAUAAAGUGAGGCCUAUGGUCUUGACUUCGAUGGCAUGGUGUUUUAGCCAACUGAGUUAAUAUGAUUCAUAGUGUUUACCAACUGAGUUAAUAUGAUUCAUAGUGUUUACCUUCAGAAGUAUGUGAUGCUCUCCUGGCAGAGAGGAAAUACUAAAAAGAACAGGAAUAAAUCAGUUAUCUAAUGACAGUCAUUAUCCAAACCCAUGGUUGCCAUUUAAUACUGAUGUUGUUUUGAAAAGAGAUUGGAUGAUCGAGACACUGUGACCUUCCCUCCCAGUGUCAAUAGUUUUUGUCCAUUGUAUUUGCAACUUUGUUGUAUGUGUUAGCAGGAAGAAACACCUAGUGUUUCCCUGCCUUUACUUUCCCAGGGCUUCUGAACAAAAAUACUGCAAUUGAAAUUCAUUCUCCCUUGUGAGCACUAUUAUAUUUUCUAAUUAUCUGAAUGUUUGUUGAAGAUAUAUUAGGAGUUUCCCCCAAGGUGAAAGAAAAAAUACAAUAUGACUGGUCUGAGAAAAAAAAAUAAUGAAGGAGCUAAUGUUACAACUCCAUUUUCUACUAGAACAGAUCAUAAUCUUUUUAGUCAUUUCAUGGGCGUUAGAAAAUCCCUCCCCAUUGGGAGAAAACCUCUUCAUGUUGUGAGUAAAGCAUCCAUACAAAUCACAAGGCAAUAUUGUUGUAACCCACGGGGAGAACGAAUGAUGUACUUUAUCUGCCCAUCCAUCUCAGCAGUGGGUUCAGCCACAGCUACUGACAGCGAAGUGGUUAAUUUCCAUUUAAUCCUUUGUUCAUAGCAUUUCUUCAUUCUAAUUUAUAAGGAGGAGACAUGAAAGUUUUACUUUAGAACAUGAGAAUAAUGGUUUUACUCAUGACAUCUUCCAGCCAUAAAAAAAACAAAAAGCAAAACAAGUGAGUGCCCCAAAGAGAAAACAAAAAUAACUCGAGUACUAAGCCUCAUGUUGCCUUCCCUGAUGAUUCUUUUCACACAGGGUAGCUGGAGUUUUCAUCCUUCCUCAGUGCUACAACAGGGGUCACUUUGGUCCCUGUAGUUGCAAGGGGAAAUUGAUUGAAUAAAGUUUGGCAAAACAGUGAUACUGUAUAUGUAAUGGAAUCAAAAGGCUUGGUUGUUAUUCUUUCCCUAGUAGCACACCCACCAGACUAGCACAAAGCAGGGCUAUAGAGGACAUAGAUUUUUCGGGUAUUUAAAAACCUCCCUGGGGCAUUGGAAAGCUAUUCCCUCAGGUGUGAAAUGUAUAUCAAUUUAGAAGCAAAACGAGGCAUUAGGCCAAUGUGUGUCCCUGAUAUAAGCAGAGUGGUAUCAAGUAUACUCAUUAAAAGUUUAUCAUCAUGAUUUGUUAUUGAUUGAACCUUAUGUUUAUUUGUUUCUUGUUUGCCUUGACAUGGGACUUCAAGGGGCUGGAAAACCUGCAUUAUACAUCUUCUGAGACCUACCAUGUUGCACAUGUUAACUUCAAGACUUCACUCUACACUAUACAGUACCUUGUUGAUAUAUUAAGUAAAGACUUAUUUUAAAAAAAAA